AUGCCAUCCUCGCGCUCCGCCUCUGGCCGCGGUCCGGCAGCAUCGUCGUCGUCCGUGGCCACCAUGACCGUCGAAGAGCACUCGCUCUCGACGGGCCUGCAGGCGGCGUACGGCAACCUGCUGGGCCACGUCAACACGAUGCGGCGCUGCUGCGAUAUGCAGCGCCUCUACGAUCAGCUCCACACCCAGGGCGACGAAUUCAUCGCCGGCAGCAUCCAGCAUGCCAACGACAUCCUCGCCAACUUUGCCUCCUCGUCGCGCCUCCACGACUCGCCGAGCAAGAGGGCGGGCGACAUGAUCAAGACGCCGUCGCGCCGCAAGGAUGCGCCUCGCACCCGACGCGCCGCCGCCAAUGUGGCCGCCAUCCGCCUGCGCGCCUACGAGGAGUCGCCCGUCGCGCAGCCUCGCUCCAAGCGCGACCGCACCUCGGACGACAAGGAGAACCGCCCUGCCGCUGCCGCAGCGCCCUCGUCGUCGUCGUCGUCGGUGCGCCUCGGCGACGACGUCCGCGCCACCAAUUCGCUGCAGCAGAAGCUGCUCGAGGCCAGCGGCAAGGCCAAGGCGAGCGAUUCGGCGGCGGCGGCCAGAACGCCGCUGAGCGACAGCAACAAGGGAUCCAACCCUAGCAGCGGCCAAGGCCGCCCCAUCCCCGACGUCGAACUCGAACUCGACCUCGCGCCAACGCCGCGCCCGCCUGCCCGACGCGCGCUGGGCGAGAUCGGCGAACCCACCACCCGCGCCGGUGCGCCAUCCUCGGACGCAAGUGCCGUCGCCCGAUCCUCGGCUCCCUCCGCAUCGGAUGCAUCCAAGUCGGCCUCGGCCUCGUCAUCGUCUGUACCGAGCCAGCCGGACGCUUCGACGCGCGCCAGGGCGGCCAAGGCGCCCAAGCGCACCAAGGCGGCGGCAGCGGCGGCAGCCAAGAACGAUGCUGCGGCCGAGUCUGAGCGUGCUGCCCCCAGCGACAAUAGCAUGGAGGUGGACGAGACGCUGGCAGGCGCCUCGAUGGCGGAACUGACCAUGCCGCGGGCCUCGACGCCGCCACCGCCGUCGGCUUCGCCCGAAGGCAGGAAGCCGGCAUCGAGCGGCAUGACAAAGGUGGUCUCGAUCGACGACCUCCAGCCUAUUGCCGACGCCUCGGCCACGCUCUCGGACCCUGGCAUCGACGGCGACAUCGAGCACACUCACGAAUCGGCAGAGCCUCGACAGGGUGCGCCGCCGCCGGGAACCUCGGAAGGCGAGCCCUCCGCCGACGAGGGCGAAGACAGCGACGCCGACGGCGACGCUAGCGGAGAGGAGCGCACCGCUGUCACGGCCGAACAGGAUCUCUCUGCGAUCGCCGAGGAUGCGGCCGACGUCGCACCGGAAGUACCGCCCCAGCCGGCUUCUUCGACGUCGUCCUCUGACGCCAAAUCGCACGGUCCGAGCAACGGUGCCGCCGCCGCGAACGCCGCACCCUCGACGUCCACUGCUGCCGCGACGCUGCCGGCGUUCAAGGCCGCCCAGCAGCCGCAGUCCGACGGAGUGAUCGACAAGCCCGCCAAGCGCACGCUCUCGUCGUUCAGCGCCAAAAAGAGCCUCUCGGCUCACGCCUCCUCGGCCGUCCACGCGGCCGCGGCCGCGGCCAACCUGCCGGCGCUGCCUGCCUCGACGCCCGCGGGGCCGGGCUUCCGCAGCAGCUUCCUCCAAAAGAGCCUCCGCAAGCGGGCAGAGGACACAAAGGCCCACGGCAGGAGCGGGCUCGGCAGCGCUGACGACGACAGCGACGGCGACUACGAGGACGGCGAUCAGGACGAGGUCGAGCGCCAGACGGGCGCCCAGGAUGCGCGCGAGGAUGGCGACGACAUCGACGGCGAGGCCGAGGCCGAACUCGCCUCUUCCGGCGCCAAGGCCGGGCCCAAGUCUCGGCUUGCGACGGCCUCGGCGACCCGGGCCAACACGCGGGUCAACGCCACUCAGGCAUCGAGCGCCGCCACAGCCCGCAACGGCGGCAAGGGCGUCAAGCGCAAGAGCGAAGAGAGCCACGCGCCUCUCGGCAGCAUCGCCGACCGCAACUCGCCGCCCCCGGCCAAGCUCGUCAAGCCGGUCCUCUCGCGCCUGGGGGCCAAGACGCCCAGCCACGCUGCGCCCAUCUCCGGCUCCAAGGUCAAGCCUACGCCCUCGGGACCCGCAGCCAAGCUGGAGAUGUUCCGCAGCUCGAUGGCCACCUACGGCGGCGACGGCGGCGGCGGUGGUGGCCGAUUCGGAGUGCCUCUGUCCAGCAGCAGCGCAUUUGCACGGAAGGUGUCGGCCUCGAGCCCGUCCAAGGGGCUCCCCCCGGUGCCCGCCGCCAUCGCACAGAUGGCUCCUCCAGCUCCGGCCUCGGACCCGGUUGCUCCACGUACGGAUGCAGGCGAAGCCACCACCAGCAGGGUCUCAAAGCUCUACCCGAGCCUGCCCGCGAUGUCGCCGACCCGCACGCAGCAGCAGGUCGACUCGAGAGCUACGCCGCUCUCACCAAAGUCGCCGUCGCAGGGCAAACCGGACAGCAGCACCAGCAGCGGCGCCAACAGCAACGGCGCCUCGCCGGUUCGCCUGCCACCGCGCUCUGCCAGCGUGCGGGGAUCGCCCGGCAAGAGCCCCGAUCGCAGCCGCUUUGGAUCGCCUCACCGAUCGCUUCGGGACGGCGGCGCCAAGUCGCUGGUGCCGGGCUCGCCCACCAGCGGCGGCACCGCCCUCACUGGCACGCGUAACCUCGCUUCGCUCUUUGGCACGCCGAGCAGCAGCCGGGUUCCCCAGCGACCGCAGGCGGCCGCCACGUCGACGCCGACGUCGUCGCCCGGCUCCAAGGUGACGCGGCUCCAAGCAUCCAGGCAGGCCUCGGCCCCGGCCCCGGCUCUGUCGCAGGCCAGCAUCGCCGCGACCGCCGCAGCCUCCGAGGACGCCGACGUCACCUCGAUGGCGCCGCCGCCGGUGCCUCCGACACCUUCCCGCGCCGCCCAGGCCGCCAAAGAGGCCGAAGCCGCCGCGGCCGAUUCCAAGCAGAAGCAGCUUCCGCCGCCCCCUACGGCGCGGAAGUCAGCCGAGGCGGAUUCGGCGCCUGCCACACGCGCGGCCAAGACGUCGACGGACGGGGUCGAGCCCAGGCAGACGAGGCUUUCGGCCGCCAAAGCCAAGGAGGCCGAGAGGCUGGAGCGCGAAGGCGAGGCGUCGCAGCCAGCGACCCAGGCGACGCAGUACUUUGACGCGCUGUCGCAGCGCCCCGACGACGCCUCGGGCAGCGCCAAGUCGGGCAAAGAUUCCGAGGGCGAGCUCACGCUCGAGGACCUCUCGGGCCCUGGCGUCGGCAGCGGCAAGAAAGAGGACGGCGCGUCGGCACGCCCCGCGCAGCCUGUGCGCGCGCCUGCGCCCGUCAUCUCGGUCGUCGUCCCGUCGCCCAGCAAAGCCAAGGCCCCGCCCAGCCUCUCCGCCUCGCAGUCUCAGGCCCAACAGGCCCAGCAGGCCCAGCAGCAGCAGCCGAACCGCCUGCAGGGCUCGGUCCGCGGCGCGCCCUCUGCGCCCAACGGCCGGCCGGUAUCGCAAAAGGCCGGCGUGCUCAGCUCGAGCGUGAAGGGCAAGGCUGGUUCGAGCAAGCUGCCGACGUCGAGCCAGCCUGCAUCGUCUUCAUCCGCGUCGUCGGCGGCCGGAUCCAGUUCGGACCCGGCUUCGGGCGGCAGCUUUGCUAACAGCGUCGGCUGGAGCAGGUUCAAGGGCCUCUUCAGCAAGUCGAGCGCCAAUCCGGGCUCUGGCUCCGACUCGAGCUCGGCCCCGGCGCCGUCGACGGGCUUCACUCCUCGACCCCGCGGCAUGAGCAUCUCGCAGCAGCAGCAGCAGCAGGGCGGCAGCAACGGCCUCGGUGCGUCGGCAAGCGGAGGUCCACCAUCGCAAGAGGCCCGUCUCGAUGCCUCGCAAUCGCAGUCGCAGGCGUCGACGGCCUCGACGACGAUCGGCGGCAAGCCCGCGAGCCUGAUCCGCGCCGACAAGCCUGCGGCACCGGCGGCGGCGUCAUCAUCGUCGUCGCAGCAGCAGCAGCAGCAGCAGCAGCAGCAACCGCGGUCGCGGGCGGGCUCCGUCAGCGGCCAGGCGCCCAAGCUCAAGCGAACCAUCAGCCAGUCGUCGAUUCGCACCAAUGCCACCGGCACUGGCCCGAACGUCGGCAGCAGCAGCGCCGUCAAGCCCAGCGCCGCCACCCCGGGUGUCAUCCGUCCGGGUGCGCACGUCCCUGGUCAGCCGAUCCGGUUCGAGGCUACGCCUGGUCGCGGGCCCACAUCCACGCUGGCAUCUUCAUCGUCGACUGCCGCCGCCGCCGCCGCCGCCGCCCAACAACAGCAGCAGCGGCAGCAGCAGCAGCCGGCGCAAGCGCAGCAGCAGAACCGAGCGUCGACGUUUUCGACGCAGAACCCGUUCCAGCAGCAAAAGGUGCUGCGCCAGCAGCAAGCGCAGCAGCAGCAGGCGGCUCGGCUGCAGGCCGAGGAGGCGGCCAACGCACGCGCAGCCAUGGCGGCGGCGCAGCACCGCGAGGCCUACGCGCAGAUGGACGAGCACGCUGGCGACCACGACGGCGAGCCCGAGGAGCUGCCCGACGUCGCUUCCGAGUGA